AUGGGAUGCUCAGGGUACGGCGACUUCCCGGAGUUUCUGUCAAGCGUGGGCAUAGGACUGUCGGUGACUCCUGGGGAGGCACACUGGCAGCUUGGUAAGGUCGAGGUCGCGGUCAAAGUGAACAAGGAGAUCAUGGAGAAGCCGGCAAACUUUUGGAACCUUCAGAGGCUGAGGGAUCGGUCUGAGGAGAUCCACCGGCAAGAGUGGGCACGAGAAGCCUUCACUAGGCUCCACAACGCAGCACCAAGGCCAGCCAACAAUUUUCAGCUCGGUGAUUGGGUGUGUGUCUGGCGCAAGGCGACACUGAAGUCUCGAAAAGGGAGAGUUAACCCGGAGCCCCGGUUCAUUGGACCUGGGCGGGUGGCGCUGAUCGAACCUGCGGUUCUCCCUGAAGGACGAUCCUCCGUGCUCUGGGUGUUGAUUGGAGCAUCUCUUUGGAGAUGCGCACCUGAGCAGCUACGCUUUGCGAGCGAGCAGGAGGUGCUCUCAGAGUUGCUGAGCCGAGGUGAGGCUGUCACAAAGCCAGUCCAGGAGCAGCUCAAGACUAUGAGCCAUUGGCUGGACGUCACCAGCGAGGGCAAGGGCAUGGAAGAGGAAGUGGACCUUCCAAGCGAGCCUCUUCCUGGUGGAGCACCGGUUCCGGAGAGAUCCUUGUCCACAGCCCAGCCGCCGGCUGAGUGGAUCCGUGGCAUAGAGGAGGCGUCAGACACUUGGUCGGAUCGCCUUAGGGCGAGAGAGGGCCGCCUCGCAAGGCAGGAGCGGAGUCGCUCUAAGGAGCGACAGCAGACGGUCGAGGAGCAGCGGAGGCAAUGGCAGCAGUUCAAGGGACUCAAGGGCCGUCGGAAGGACGGUUUGCCACUGCUGACCCGGAUGCCGCCGCAACUUCUGGGACCUGUGCCAGACUCCUGGGAGGUGGACGAUGAAGCGAGGAUGCUGAUUCGGCAUCACAACUCGUGGCGCUCCAAGCUUUUCGUGCCACCGGAGAACAUGCCUGUUCCAAUUGAGGUCGGCCAGUUCACUGGGAAGAGGGUGACCCAGUGGAUUCAGAAGGAGACCGACGCUAGGAGCAGCUUCGUGGACGACUUCAAGACCACGGGGCAGCCUGAGGGAAGCUUAGGCUUCGAGUGGAAAGGCAAGACAAUGUUCGGCUAUAACCCUCCGACGCCAAAGAGGACGAUCGAGCAGGUGGCGGAGACACCAGCAAAAGAUCGAGGGCGAAGCCGGCAGAGGUCAGUGGCACGCACCAAGCCUGGAACCGAAAGGUCGCGCAGUGGACCACCAACAACAGCGACGGCCGCUGUUCGAGCCGAAGAAGGCACCUCUAAGGAGGAAGCCAAGGGCAGCCACGAGGCGAUGGCAGCAGUGAAGACAGAGGUCACAGAAUCCCAACAAGCUCAAGGAUCCAUGGAGGUGGGCAAUCAGGCCGUGUACUUCAACAUGGCGGAGAAGACAAAGGCCUUUGAGGAGGGCGCAAACUUCUACCUCAACGAGGACGUGUACCAUGCGGUGAAGGACCGCAUCAAGGAGGAAGCGGACGCUUACCGGAAGUCCGAGGAGCAGCUACGUACAAAGGUGGCGGAAGCAUGCGACAAGGGCGAAGAAGCCUUAGUGGUCGAGUUCGAUGAGAAGCUCGUGAACCCGAAGUCGCAGAAGGAGGUCAACUUCAAGAACCUCACCAAGGACGAGCGGGCCAACUUCGACGAGGCGAUGGCCAAGGAAGUGUCCGAGGUUCUACUGGGCGGCAUUUAG